GUCGCCGCACCGGAUGUGGGGCGGGGCCUGCCCCAAGAGAGUUUCCUAAAGCGAGGAAACCAAGCUGGCGCCUCUUGCAAUGGAGACGGUCAUUUCGUCAGAUAGCUCCCCAGCUCUGGAAAAUGAGCAUCCUCAAGAGACCCCAGAAUCCAACAAUAGCGUGUAUACUUCCUUCAUGAAGUCUCAUCGCUGCUAUGACCUGAUUCCCACAAGCUCCAAAUUGGUUGUAUUUGAUACGUCCCUGCAGGUGAAGAAAGCUUUUUUUGCUUUGGUGACUAACGGUGUACGAGCUGCCCCUUUAUGGGAUAGUAAGAAGCAAAGUUUUGUGGGCAUGCUGACCAUCACUGAUUUCAUCAAUAUCCUGCACCGCUACUAUAAAUCAGCCUUGGUACAGAUCUAUGAGCUAGAAGAACACAAGAUAGAAACUUGGAGAGAGGUGUAUCUCCAGGACUCCUUUAAACCACUUGUCUGCAUUUCUCCUAAUGCCAGCUUGUUUGAUGCUGUCUCUUCAUUAAUUCGGAACAAGAUCCACAGGCUGCCAGUUAUUGACCCAGAAUCAGGCAAUACUUUGUACAUCCUCACCCACAAGCGCAUUCUGAAGUUCCUCAAAUUGUUUAUCACUGAGUUCCCCAAGCCAGAGUUCAUGUCCAAGUCUCUGGAAGAGCUACAGAUUGGCACCUAUGCCAAUAUUGCUAUGGUUCGCACUACCACCCCGGUCUAUGUGGCUCUGGGGAUUUUUGUACAGCAUCGAGUCUCAGCCCUGCCAGUGGUGGAUGAGAAGGGGCGUGUGGUGGACAUCUACUCCAAGUUUGAUGUUAUCAAUCUGGCAGCAGAAAAGACCUACAACAACCUAGAUGUGUCUGUGACUAAAGCCUUGCAACAUCGAUCACAUUACUUUGAGGGUGUUCUCAAGUGCUACCUGCAUGAGACUCUGGAGACCAUCAUCAACAGGCUAGUGGAAGCAGAGGUUCACCGACUUGUAGUGGUGGAUGAAAAUGAUGUGGUCAAGGGAAUUGUAUCACUGUCUGACAUCCUGCAGGCCCUGGUGCUCACAGGUGGAGAGAAGAAGCCCUGAGCUGGGGGAAGGGGUUAGGCAGCACCAGGGGAUAUGCCCAACUCACUGUCUGCUGGAAGCUCUGUGGGAAUCAGAUGAAACUUGAGGGAAUUGUGACUCUGUUCCCUGUUCAGGGCCCCCUGCCCUUCUAUCUGGGAGCUAGGGAAGGUAUAGGGGAGGAAAGAGAAUGGAUUUAUAGCUACCCUUACCCUCACACAUACACUUGAAAAAACUUUCAGCCUAGCCAAUUCUAGCCGCUGUCCUCUUAGAUAUAGCCCCCUUUCUGGGUGAACUAUAGGCUGUGUGCCUCUCAGACAAAUUCUGAUCUCUAAGAGAUCCCCAGACCUCAUUUGCCUCUGCCUCCAUCUCGGCCCUGAUUCAACCCUAAGAUAAUAGCACAACAAAAUUCUUCAUAAAGAUAUUUUUAUUCACCUGUUCCAUGCUAUAUGGAGGAGGCCAAGUCCAUUUCUUCCCAUAAUGUGAGUGGGGAGGAUUGUGGGGAGGAGGGGCUUUGGGUUCUUGUGUUUGUGCAUAUGAAGGGAGAUGGGGGUUAGGUGGAGGAGGAGGGCAGCGUGGCUAGCUAAGGUUAUUGCUUUUUGUGGCAAAUCUAAUUAAAUGACAGGAAUCUCUUCAUGGUA